ACCUAGUAUUUGGUUUAUUGUCAUCAUCGGUAAUUAAACCAUUAAAACAUUAACAAAGCUUGAAAAUAGAGUUAGUGGAACAAGUUGUAUGAAUUACAAGUAAAAUUAUACUAUAAUUUGCCAAAAUGUCUAUUUUAUCGUAUAAUGGGUCAGCUAUGGUAGCUAUGAAAGGGGACAAUUGUGUUUCCAUUGCUACAGAUAAAAGAUUUGGUAUCCAGGGUCAAACGAUUUCUAUUGAAUUCCCAAAAGUGUUUCAAAUGGGACCCCAUUUGUAUGUUGGUUUACCAGGACUAGCUACUGACACCCAGACUGUUGUAGAAAAGCUAAAUUUUCGAAAAAAUUUAUAUGAACUGAAAGAAAACCGGCGAAUAAGCCCCAAAGUAUUUGCAUCUAUGGUCUCGAAUCUGCUGUAUGAGAAGCGUUUUGGUCCAUUUUUUGUUGAGCCUGUGAUAGCAGGACUAGAUCCUAUUACUGCAGAACCGUACGUUUGUAAUAUGGAUCUAAUUGGAUGUAUAAAUGAGCCUGAAGACUUUGUAGUAGGGGGUACUGCUUCUGCUCAAUUAUUUGGAAUGUGUGAAGCCCUGUGGGAGCCCAAACUCAAACCUGACGAUUUGUUUGAAACCACUUCACAAGCGCUUAUUAAUGCUUUUGAUAGAGAUGCAAUGUCAGGUUGGGGAGCCACAGUAUACAUUAUUGAAAAGGACAAAAUUACUGUAAAAGACCUAAAAACUAGAAUGGAUUAAUUCUGGUCUUUUUUAUCUUUUUUUAAGCUGGUACAUUAUAUACUUAUAAAUAAUUCAAUAAAA